GGGGACUUUUACGACGUUACUCUCCUUUGUAGGGCGCUUCAGAGCUUCCGACACAGAUCGUAAGCGGGUGUGAAUGUAGUGGGGCUUUCAUGACAGAAUAGUGUGAAUUUGCCCGAGAUCUGCUUUUUCCCUGCGAGCCUCUGCAGUGACCAGGAGUGAUUAAUAAGAGCGAUGGGCUUCCGCAAGAAGAACAAGAGUCCGCCGGUGCUCAGCCAUGAGUUUGUCAUCCAGAAUCACGCGGAUAUGGUGUCGUGUGUGGCCAUGAUCAUCCUGCUGGGACUCAUGUUUGAGGUCACAGCCAAAUUUGCCAUCAUGUUCAUCACAGUGCAGUACAAUGUCACCCAAAGCCUGGAUACUGAUGUGGAGGACAAGCCUGACCCUGUGAACUUCUACAAGUAUGGCGCCAAGGACAUCGCAACCGUGUUCUUUUACCUGCUCAUCGCUAUUAUUCUCCACGCCCUCAUUCAGGAGUACAUACUCGACAAAAUCAAUCGUCGGCUCCACUUGUCCAAAACCAAACACAGCAAGUUCAACGAGUCUGGACAGCUGGCCACUUUCUACCUGUUCUCCUUCAUCUGGGGCUGCAGUAUCCUCACUAAUGAGGAUUUUGUGAUGAAUCCAACUUUCCUUUGGGAAGGAUAUCCGCACAUCCACAUGGCUUUCCAGGUGAAGUUUUUCUACAUCUGUCAGAUUGCCUACUGGUUUCACGCUCUUCCUGAACUGUAUUUUCAGAAAGUACGAAAGGAAGAUAUUCCACGGCAGCUCUACUACAUUUGCCUUUAUAUAUUCCACAUCACUGGUGCCUACGUCCUUAAUCUCCAUCGUUUGGGUCUAGUCCUUCUGGUGCCACAUUACCUGGUGGAGCUGCUGUUUCACGCCUCACGACUCUUCUACUUCAGUGACGAGAACAAACAGAAAGGGUUUACGCUGUGGGCUCUGCUGUUCGUCAUCACCCGCCUCCUGACGCUCACCGUUUCUGUUUUGACGUUUGGUUUUGGCCUGUCUCGCACAGAUAAUCAGGGAUUCUCCUUAGCAGAAGGAAACUUCAAUGUGCUGACUGUCAGGAUGACAUGCCUGUCAGCCAUCUGCCUGACCCAGGCCUGGAUGAUGUGGAAAUUCAUCAACUUCCAGCUCAAGAAGUGGAGAGAACAAUCUCAGAUCCAGGCCAGCAAGAAGAAAACGGUCAGUCCCAAAAGCAGACCCAGCAAGAAGGAGUCUCGUGGGGGUUCAGUCAAUGGAGUCAUGAAACCGGACGACAAGACAUCGCCGAGAGCAAGGAAAUCGAAAGCGUCGUAAAAGGAAACAAGACAGGAGGUUCCCGAAAUGUGAUGCUCUGUUUCCACUCUACAUUUAGAUUAGAAACGGAUCGAUAACUGCGAAUCGAACCACAGAAACAAACCAAGGAACUUGGUUGUACCACAUGGUUCAGGUGAUAGUCCCCCCCCCCAAAGUUUUUCCCUGUCUGCAUCUUAAAAUUGAACUCUAGUUUUCGAAUCUUUCUUUAUUCAUUUUGAUCAUUAGAUUGAGAGGUUUUCUGAAGGACUAUAAGAGAUGAUGCACUGCGUUACAGAUCCCUCACUCAUCGAUUUGU